GUAAUUUUUACGUGAAUAACAUCAAAAAAUGGCGUCUGGUGUGACAGUUUCGGACGCUUGCAAGACCACUUACGAAGAGAUCAAGAAGGACAAGAAGCAUCGUUACGUUGUCUUCUACAUCCGUGACGAGAAACAGAUCGACGUCGAGACGGUUGGCGAACGCAACGCCGAAUACGAACAGUUCCUCGAGGAUCUGCAGAAGGGCGGUACCGGGGAAUGCAGAUAUGGCCUGUUUGACUUUGAAUACACGCACCAGUGCCAGGGCACGUCGGAGGCUAGCAAGAAACAGAAGCUCUUCCUGAUGUCGUGGUGCCCGGACACCGCCAAGGUUAAGAAGAAGAUGUUGUACUCUAGCUCGUUCGACGCUCUGAAAAAGUCCCUUGUCGGAGUUCAGAAGUACAUCCAAGCGACCGACCUCUCGGAAGCGUCUCAGGAGGCCGUCGAAGAGAAGCUCCGCGCCACCGAUCGCCAAUAAACAGCAUUUACACACGAGCUCGCGACGAAACCGAACCCGCUCUCCGACACUCCUGCCCUGACGACACGCGGCCACGACACCACUAGCCGCUUAGUAUUAUUACAAAGGAAAACGAAUAGUAUUAAUAUGAUUGAUUUUACUGGUGGUAGGACCUCUUGUGAGUCCGCGCGGGUAGGUACCACCGCCCCCUGCCUAUUUCUGCCGUGAAGCAGUAAUGCGUUUCGGUUUGAAGGGCGGGGCAGCCGUUGUAACUAUAUGGGUGGCACAUUUAUGUUGUAGAUGUCUAUAGCUUCCAGUAACCACUUAACACCUGGUGGGCUGUGAGCUCGUCCAACCAUCUAAGCAAUAAAAAAACUAAAAAAAUUGAGACUUAAAAAACCCGUGUGAUAUCCAUGACAGUUUGAAUUGUUCGUUUUAUCAUCAUUGCCUGAGAUGAAACAUUAGAACUUCAGUAUUGUGGUGUGGGGGUGGAGAGAUUGGUUUUAUUUCGUUGCCCGUCGCGUGGAUUCUUUUUUUAUAUCAUUUCAAUUUGAAGCUUUGCUGUCAACUGAUCGAGGUAGGGUCAUGUAAUUGUACAUUUUACUAUAAAACCGACCUCAUAGUUAAGGGAUCUUAUGUAAUAAUUUAAAUUAUACUAAUUAAAUAUAUAUACAUAUAUAUUUUUUCCUGUAACUAAAUAAGUUAAGCUCAAAUUCAGUCAAGUAUGUUGUUUUUUUUUAAAAUACAAAAUACGCCGGUCGGCCUCUAGAUUUGUAAUAUAAAGAAGGAUUUUUAUACUUUAGUUUUCGUUUGGAACUCGCUAACUUAAGCUUGUCGCUAUCGAGCGACGGAUAAGUAUUUUGUAACCAAUUUAUUCAGAAAUACACUCGAUAUAAGUGAUUA